AAAUCAGAACCGCUUCUGUGACACUUAAAUCUCAGCUGACCUCGAGCUUGAGUAUCUCAACCUCCUCAUCGGCUACUACCACCACAGACCACAAUUCGAGCCUCUCUUCAAGGUCUAUUCAGAUAACCCCACAUACUGCAUAGGGCCUCAUUAUUAUUCAUAGUAGCUUUCUGGUAAAUUAUUUGAAAUUGCGUCCUUAAAUAUCGAACGAAUGGCAGACAAUUCCUGUCGCAUUCUCACUCUAUCUUCUUCGAAGGACGAUACCUUGCAGUUUCUGCAAAGACUGGUACAGAAUGAUCAUUCGACAAACACCAACAAUCCAUCCAUCAUCCCUUGGACAAUCGCGAAUAAGUACUACACUGCUGAUGUACACUUCGAAGUCCAUCAGCUCCCAGAAUGGAGACCCAGCGAUCACGAGUUGGAAAGUGUGCCUGCCGUGCUGUACACAUGGACCGCUGGAGAGCCAUACCGGGAGAAUGCCCAGAUGAUAUCGCAACGCCUAUCACAUCACGAUUUCGAAGUAUCUCUGGCCAUUCGACUUCCCUCUACUACGGCCGGAGGUGAAGGAACUGAAGAUGAUGAAAUGGACUCAUUUCUUGGAUCACUGGGGUUUGAAUUUAUCGAUGCCCGAGAUUCAACAUCUUCCGCCCAUCAUGAUCGUGGCGGGGUUGCCCGGGCCAUAGAUGCCUUGAGCACAAUCAUGUGGCCGUCCAUGAUACAAACCUCCUCCAAAGGACGGGGUCAUGGCCUCUUGGGGAUGACCCAUGGUACGGGAGAAGACCUCAACAGCCUCAUUGCUACGCGCCCCCCAGGAGGGCGUGAUCGCAUGCAACAAGAACUGGAAGAGUUAGAGCGAUGGCUCGACGAAGAUAAUUCCGAUGGUCGUCUUGAUGCAAGCAAGAAAAACAUAAGUAAUGACCCGUGGAGUGCCGCAGCCACAACAGGCAGUUUGUCACCCACAGAGGAUCCCUCUACGCCAUGCCCCCACAAUCACGCCUUUGACGACGAUUUCACCGCUUUCGUGUCCGCUUCACCUUCAGUGGCAGAUGCCGAAACUCAGCCUGCACAAAUAUCAUCUGAAAGACCAGUGCCACCUCUCCCUUUGUUAAGGUUCAGCUCGACGUUCACCUUCGACUCUGGUUUUGAUACCUCUGGACGAUCGACGCCAGUCAACGAUGAGCACGAAUAUUCUCGUUUGACUGCGAAUGCCUCGGAUCUUGGUGUAUCUUAUAGGUCUUUAGGGUCAGUCUCCGAUUUUGGGGACACAGAGGCAGAGGAACCCCACAAACAGGAAGAUUCCGAUGACGAGAUGCCUUCCAACGCUGAGAUUACUGCCACCUCGAAGCGUAUUUUCGGCGCAACACCCCUUGUUUUCUCGCCCAAUGAUGAAAAUGACAUCCGUUCACUGCAAGAAAAUCUUCCUCUGCCGUCUGAAGUCGAAGUCGCCGACCCCUCAGAAGCGGACCUCGAACGUCUCGAUCUGCAGAGCAUGCUGAGCGCGCUUCAGGGUCUUAAGGAGGAAAUUGCGGGGAUGCCUGACUCGCAGGAACGUAAGAGGGCAGCUGCUAGGGUAGCUUUAGGUUUGGUCUAUGGGCUUGAUGGAAAUUCCAAUUGAAAGGUGCGCGCUAAUAGCACGCAAUAACUACGGCUAAUGCGAGAGUGCAGCGGUGAAGAACUGGAUGCAUAGCUGGGAAGUUAUCUUGCGCACUUGCUCGACAAGUGGCGUGGACGCGUCCAAGUUUCAAGCUUCCGGUCACUCGUAACUCGGCCGCUCAAUAGGUGGCAUGCUACAACCCUGUAUUGUACCAGUACGAAAAAGAUAUCAGGCUAAGGCUUGCAUAAUAUAUAUACUUACACGUUACCUUCUAAGCUUUAUGUUCUUUCCUGAGGCUGAGAAGUAAUCG